AUGAGGAGAGGAGCAGAGGAUCAGAGAAGCAGCCUCGACACCAUCGAAGGUUCUUUUGACGAAUUCAACGCCAAGGCCCUUAUGCUUGUGGGCGCCAGCAGCGGAGAAGAGGAGAGGAGGAGAACAGAAGCGGGGGAGAAGACGAGAAGACGAGAAGAGGAGCAGGAGAGAAGAGGAGCACCUUCGAAUACAUGGAAGGUUGCAACACUUCGUUUUUAUCUCGCAUGGAUCGCUGGCUGUUGUUCUGCACUCACUGACUCUCUCCUCGCUUCUCUGGCAGGUUCACUUGACUGUGUUGGCCGCUGCAGCAGGAGACGAGCAGCGGAGCAGAGGAGAGGAGCAGAGGAGCAGAAGACGAGAGCAGCCGAGGAGCAGAGGAGCAUCUUCGAACACAUGGAAGGUUGCAAGCGCUCCUCCUUUGCGCUCCUGCUUGCCCAUCUGGCAGCGGCAGCACCUGUGGUGGGCGGCUGGUACUAUUUCGGAGCCCCGUCGCUUGCCAACACUCGAAGCAGCAACAAGGCGGAAGACAACACCAAAAGCCUCUCUGCACGCCUGCAAGCGAGUGCCAAGGCCUGCAGCGCCCGUGCACGCGCCAUCAACAGAUAA